AUGUUGUUCGGACUUUAUGUCUCGGCAUCGAUUCUGGCCGUUUUAACGAGUAUUGCGGGACGUUUCGGCGAAAAUGAUGGAUGUCCGUUUGGCAAGCUCAGCCGUUGACUCACCACUCGACACUAGGGCGUUUACUCUUUUCGGCAUUCCUUCACAACUCUUUUUUUUUUGCUCCUUCUAGGUUGAAUUUCGUGUUUUGAGUUGCGAUUGAUCGUUUUGCUUCGUUCAGAGGAAAUUUAAAGCAGAAAAGUUCAGAUUUAGAAAAAGUUUUGUUUGCAAAAAUGGUCCUGCAACGAAUAGUCCAACAAAUCAUUGAAUUAUUAUUUUCUUUUUUGUUCCUUUCUUGUUUAAAGGAUUGUGUUGAGUUAGAAGUAUCAGAAACACUGUCAUUUACAAAAAAAAAUGGUCCUGAAACGAAUAGUCCAAUGAAAUUUCGGAUUAAAUGAUUUUUUUGUUUUUUCUUCUGCUUUUAUCGCUUCUUCCAUGCCCAAUUUCGUGUUUUGAGUUGCGAUUGACCGUUUUGUUCCUUUCAAAGAGAAUUCGAAGCACAAAAAAAGAUUUUGUAGGGGUAAAUCAAGGUCUUCCAAAGAAGGGUCUUUUCCAAUUUUUGAAAGAUUUUUCGAGGAUUUGUGCUAUUUUUAUUUUAUUUGAUAAAUUAUUCAUGUAAUCAGCCCGUUUACAACGGAAGCAGGUCGAUUAGGUAUCAAAUGAUUCUUCGUAUUUUUUUCUGGUCUGACUGUCCGUGAGGUUUUUGAGAUAUUUUUGGAUAUUUUUUUAUAAUUUGUUAGCUAUCAGUUUUAAAAAAAAUGGUCCUGGAACGAUUUAUGAUAAAUUGAACUCUAUUUUUAUUUUAUCUCUAAAUUAUAAAAAAUAAAUCUGUCAGAAAUGCUGCAAAUGAAGAAGAACCUGACUUUCAGUAUUUCUCGAAGUCAAGAUCGAAUCACCUUUGCUGUUUCCAAGUUUCGAGGAAACUUAAUCUUAAAUCAUACGCCUUAAUCCUCUAGGUACACAAACAUCGAAAAGAACGGUGUUCGUUCUGAUUUGGCCCCCUUUCCCUACCGUCAUAAAUCACUGUGGCGACGUUGCGACGACACCAUGUACUAUCAAUUUUUCUCUCAUUUUCCUUGGUUUUCUUCUUCUUCUCUGCCCCUACGUUUGUUUUUUGGGUGAUUUUAAUGCUUGUUUUUCAUUUUGAAAAUGAGAAGUAAGCUGUUUUCCGCCAUUUUACCAUUAAAAGUGAAGCUUCUCAGAAAAAUAAUCGUUUUUUUAAAUAGAAACAGUUUCGAAAAAGUUGUGUUUUUUUCAAAUAUUUCCUCAUUUUUUUGAACUUUUUUUAUCUUAAUGCAAGGAAAAAUUUUGUUUUCUGCCUAUUUUACCAUCAAAAAAUGGACCUUUCCAAGAAAAUGGUGGUGAAAAAUAUUUCUUCUUUAUGUCAAAGUUUUAACAAAUCCUUCAUUUUAUCCAUUUUUAAACGCUUUUACGCUUAGAAAUACAUAUAAAACAAACAUUUCUCAACGUUUUUUUCAAGUAAUUUUCAUUUCGAAAAUUUCAACCAAUAUUAGAACUUUUUCGACCCAAAAGAACCCUUUGACGAUUGAAACAACAUUGUAACAGCCAUAUGUACAUCUCCGAUCUGAAGCCACAAAAGUGAAACCGAAGAAGAAAAAGAAAACCCAUAGAUUUAAUGGCUUUUCUGUUUGUCCUUUCCUUUUUUUCUUGUGAGAGUUUAGAACGAAAGCGUCCUUGUAUUUCUUUCCAAAUACCUGGAGAUGGAGGCCUUUUAGUUAUAUCUUUCUGAAAUUCCUUUCAAACGUCCAUUUCAUUUAUAUUCACGGGCAAAGUCCUAAAGGUCUCAAAAAGGACUUUUGGAAAAAAAAGCCUUUAAAUGGCCUUAAAGGCGCCUUUUUUCUAGACCUUUUUCUGAAUAAAACCUUUUAAAGAGGUGUAAAAAAAUAAGGCGGAAAAAAGAUGGAAAAAAAAGAAUAUUCCGAGAAACUCUUCAUACCUUUUUAAAAACUCAAAAAGGAGCUUUAGGCUCUACUUUUUAAGGCUUUUAAUUUCAUUUAGAUAAAUUGAAGCUUCAAAAUCGUCCCCGUCUUCUAAAAAUAGCCGUCAGAGAGUGAAAAAGACAACUUGAUUUUAGAGAGUCAGAGAUAUUUUCCAAUUUCGUGGAAGUUACUUGAACAAGGCAUGAUAUUUGCGCGGGUCUAUCCAGACUAACAAAGUAUUUUUCUGAAAAGUUCUCAAAAAUGUCAAAAUUAACGUUAAAAUGACCUACCUUUCAUUUUUUCUUCUGAAUUUUCAACGGUCAGAGAGAAAAUUCACACCACGCCUCAUUGAAUUUCGACGGCAGGUGCCCCCGCUGUCAUCUAAUUAUACUCUUUUAUUGCCACUGUUUCGUCUUUUCCCUUUUACUCCACCUGAAAAUUUCCGAUUCUUGACAAAUUUCGCAAUUUAUUGCUGGAUUCUUGGGCCAAACUAGCUUCACUUUUUUUGCUCCCUUUCAUGUUCGAAUCGUUGAAAGCUUCUAAAAAGAAUGUCCCCCCUCUCAAAGCACUUUACUUUUUAAAAGUAUAUUUUUCCUCCUUUUAAGCUCUCAAUUAAAUUGUAUAGAUUUUUCUCCGGAAAUUUUCUCGAUUCAUUAUUUGAAGCGAAGACGGCGUCGCCAUGACCGAAGGCUCGGCGACGAACGGCCACGUCGCCGGCGACAAAGACGCCAGUCUCACCCGACUUCUCGUCGCAGCUGACCUUUCCGGGUGAGAUAUCGAUGUUGAGCAUUUUGUUUCGAAAAAGGCUCUUUUCAAAGCUCAAAAUUAGAUAAAAGGCUAAAUUUUCCGAGCGAGAUAUCAAUUACAAGCCCAUUAUCACAAAACAAGACUCUUUCCAAAAGUCAAAAAUUGAUAAAAAAAAAUGUUGGCGCUGAUCCAGACUUGAGCCAAUAAAAAGCUCAAUGGGUUUUCAAAAAAAUUUUGAAGCAAUGUCAGAUCUUAUGAAAGUUCGAUAGAGUAGAAAAGCACCAAAAAAAACAGAAAAAAAACGAAGAACACAGGGCGAGUCUAUAGUUUUGACGCGGUCAAAAACAUGAUCUUUUGUUUUUUGAAGAAUUGUCGAUUGAAGGUCUUUUGUAAAGUAUUUUGAAUUUCACAUUUUAGAUGAGGUUUCUUUUAAAAUAAUUUUUAUUCUGCAAAAAUGUUCUUAGUUUUCCAAACAACUACAAAAAAAGUUAAUGAGUCGGUAGUUAUGACGCACAGUGAGAAAAAAAAGGUCCACACACCUUUUUUAAGACUUCAUUCACGUCUUUUCAAGAAUUUUGUGCUUAUCUCUGCUUUUCAGGGUUUCUCCUGUAAUUUUAUUCGAUCUUUUUUCACCAUCGUCUUUGAAUAAAAAAAUUCUCCAAGAAAAAGUCAUAAAAAAAGAACGAUUUCUUGAAUGUCUUUUCUCAACAAAAAAACUCUUUUUUUUCUGAUAUUUUUUUUCCGUGCCAUUGAAAUUUCAUUUUUUUCAAUGUUUUUUUAAAUUUCUUUUUCAAUUUUCACUCACUUCAUUUUCUUGUUAAGGUAUGAACGGGAAAUGAGGAAAAAGCUGAAACUUCGCAACGCCGGCGACCUUCAGUACGUUGAGGAGCUGGAUCUUUCUUCUAUCGGUUGAGAACCCUGUAAAAAAAUUUAUCAUAGUUUUUUUAGGAAUGAGCCGUCCUGAACAAAAGCGUCUUAGGAAAGAGUACACUAAAAUGUAUCCGAGCGGAUUCGUUGGAAAGUUGAAAAAGGUGCGGUUAUUCAGAAAAAUAGGAUAAUUACAAGGAAGAUAAAUUCAUUUUGCGGUUCGGAUUUUUCCGAAUAUUGACCAUAAUAUCCCUUGAUGUACAAAAUGAAGGUCCUGAGAGUUUUAAUCGGUAUAAAUUCCUAGUUUUCGAGAAAUGAGGUCUCAAAAUCUUAAACUCGCUUAUUUUAACGGAAUUUGUCGAUUUUUUCGCCUUUGAGAUUUCCUUCUUCUGAAAAUAGGAAUUUUUGUAGGUUAAGCUACUUUUUUGCGUUGAUCUUUCCCCUUUCUCACUUUUUUUUCUGCUCUUUACGAGCUUUUCCAAGCUUUCAAUACCCAGUAAAAAAUGAAAAGCUCAAACACUGGACCCUUCAAAUCUCCUUUCUGCGAGAAUCAUCAAAAAUACCGAUUUACCCAGAUUGGAAACUAGAAAAAAUUUUUUCUCAGGUUUUUGGACGAUCUGAAAGUUGCGAUCGGAAAGAAGCCGUCGCCCAGAGGGAAGACGACGAUCAACACGUUAUUCCUCUUGAAAAGUGACUUUUUUCUGUUUUUAUGUAAUUUUUUGGUUUUUCAGAAUCACUCUCUGCAAAGAGCUGGGUCACGGCGAAUUUGGUUCGGUCUGGCAAGCUUCCUGGAAAAAUAACGCCGAAGUUAUCCAGGUUUUUUUUUUAAAAAUAGCACUCCAAAUAUGAGCUUGAAAUCAAGUUUCGAGGAGGAUAAUGAAAUGUGAAAUAAAAAGCUAAUUCAUCUUCCGUCUUUAAUUUGAUAGUUUGUUUGGAUUCAGUUGUCUUUUAUCAUAGAUUACGAAGUGUUUCAUUAGCUCAAAAUUCAAUAGUUCAUGCCUUUAAAGUUUUUUUCUGCAGUUAGUAAAGAAUCUACCUAAGUGUUAAUUGGAAAACAUUUUUCUGGGCAUAAAUUCACUGAUGAGGAGGACGUGAACUUCUGAAAAUUCUUUGUAAUCAAAAGGGUAUUUUAAAAAGCUAUUAUCAUUUUUAUUUUGUUCUAGGUAGCGGUAAAGUGCGUGGCGGCGGAUAAGCUCCUCUCCUCUUCUUCAUCUUUCCUCCAAGAAGCCGCCAUCAUGACCCGCAUGAGACAUGACCAUGUGGUCCGGCUUUUCGGAGUUGUUCUCGACACCAAGAAGAUCAUGAUGGUCAGUUUUAUGGUGAAAUAUUGGCUACUGGCAUUGUUUUUGAGUAGAACGAUAAUCAAUCUGGAUAACAUAUAACAUUUUUGAAAUCAGUAUUCAAAAAAAAAAAGAUUCUCUUGAGUUGAGAGAUUUAUUCUGAGUGGGAGGAGAGUCUAAUCAUAAAGAUGUGAGUUUUUUUUCAGAAAUAUCUGGAAGAUUCUAAAAGGUAGAGGUUACGAAAAAUUGGAAAAUAAGUUGUUUUGACGUUGUCCUAGUGCAUGCUAGAGGUGUAUACCAUGUUUCAAAAAACCUCAAAAAAAAAUUAUUCAAUACUGCUGGGAAGUAAUACUAUUUGUGAAAUUGUGUAGAAGCUCUAAAUAGGGAAAAAUAGUUUUAGUUUGAAGCUUGGAGUUUUGAAUUUUCUGUAAAUUCUCCCUAACUCUCUUUGAAGGUCUAGGUUAAGAUCCUUGUUAAGGAAGUUUUGAAGAUAUGAUUCUUAAAAUGUCCAAGACAACAUAUUUUCUAAAACAAACAUUUUUAAACUUCCUGAAAUCAUAUCAUCGAAAGGAGUGUUUAUAAGAGAUUCACCUAGACCUUCACAGAGGAGGUCAUUUUACUUUGCGGUUGGGAAUUUUCUGAAAUAUGGCCAGAACGCCUCUUCAUGUACCAGAUGAAGAUCCUGAAGUCUCAACCUGCAAAACUUCCUAGUUCUCGAGAAAUGAAGUUCCAAAGACCCAAAAUAGCUCAUUUUAAUGGAUUUUGAGCGAUUUAUUAGAACUUACGGCGAUUUUUCUCAAAAACGAGAAAGUUUUGCAAGUUGAGACUUUCAGAAACUUCUUCUGGUACAUCAAAGUUCCAAACCGCUAAGUGGAAUGACCUCCCUUGUCAGAGAGAGUCGGCGCAAAUUUAUAAAAUUCCAAGCUUCAAACUAAAAAGAGCUCGAUUUCUCACAUAGGCCCUCAAAUUUUCCAUUAUUUUCCAGGUCUCGGAACUGGCCACCUGCGGAUCAUUGCUGGAAUGCAUCCAUAAACCGGCUCUUCGAGAUUCUUUCCCCGUCCACGUCUUGUGUGACUAUGCUGAGCAAAUGGCGAUGGUUUUCAUGAAUUAUUGAAUAUUUAUAAACUGUAUGUUCAGGGAAUGGCAUACUUGGAAUCUCAGCGACUGAUCCACCGAGACCUCGCCGCCAGAAAUGUUCUGGUUUUCAGUCCCAAAAAGGUAAUUUUUUGGUUUACAGUACGCUCAUAUGAAACUUAGAGAGAAACAGAUUAAGCCCAAGGCUACAGUAUCCUUUUCGCUUCGGAAUUUUUUUUGAAAAAAAAAUAUUUUAAAAGUGGUUUUUGUGUCUUUCUUCGUAGCAUUUUUUCAAUUUGAGAACUUUUUCGAAGGCUUUCUCUAUGCAAUCGUCAUUUCAUUGAUAUUUAUAUUGAAGUUUUACUUAAUUUACCAUAAUUCAUUUUUUUAGAAUGGCUCAUUUUUUUCUUUGCGGGUGUACUUUGAAUCUUGAAGCUUCUAUUGGAACUUUGGCAAACUUACGACUUUCUGCGCAAGUCGCUUUGUAGUCGGGCGCAACUUUAUGAUAACUGCGAUGGAGAAGCUUCAAUUACAAUACAAUACAAUACAAUUUAUUUAGUCUUCAGAGUAAGAUGGAGAAAUCUCUGCUAAAGCAUGGUAUAAUCGAAGAGUUAUCGUCGGCGCGGGUUACGGCCCACAAUCGUUGUCCAAUAAGUCUCGGCGAGACAGCUAGAGUUAGGAAUUAACGUGGCUCCGUUGCUAGUACCAGCAAAUGAAGUGCUUCACCAUGUUGGAACAGUACGGCGCACAGCUUGUCCAUGGCCAAUGGGCGUCGGAAUGUUAUCCCAUGAGAGCGGCAAUGAGACCGACUAGUCGACGUAAUGAAAUGAGAUAAUAAUAAUGAAGAAGCUUCACACCGAGUCAUUCUAACUUGAUCCACGUCGAUUAUAAUUAACUUUUUUCCAAACUUUUUUUUUUUCGUAGUUUCUGUUGAGUAUGUAGGAAUUAAUAGAUCACGUGGGAGAUAAGACCACUAUAUAAAGGCCUGUUCACACAGCAUAAUUCAUAAUACAAAAACUCACCCCGGCCUCUACUCCAGCUUCUGACAUGCCCUCUUUGGCGGCUACACUGUCACACGUCACGAGCCGCCAUGUGACGGUGUAGUCGCCGGAGAACGGAUGUCGGCAGCUGGAUUAGAAUCCGGUCAUGGAACGGCGGUCAGUUGUUGUGGGACGGUGAGAUUGCCGAAGAGGGCAUGUCGGAAGCUAGAGUAGAAUCCGGGCAUGGAACGGCGGCUAGUUGUUGUCGGGCGGUGAGAUCGCCGAAGAGAGCAUGUCGGAAGCUGGAGUACAGGCCGGAGAGAGUUUGUAUAUCAUGGUCCACGAACAGACCUUCAUAUAGUGGUCUGAUCUUCUCCGUGAUCUAUUCAUACCUACAACAGUUUCUUUUACCGGCUUCCCAUGUAAUUCUUUGUGCAACCCUCAAUUCAGCAAUUACCCAUUCUCAGGUGAAAAUAUCGGACUUUGGCUUGUCGAGAUCUCUGGGAGUCGGUGAAGACUACUACCGAAGUGAAUUUACGCCUUCGCUCCGCCUCCCAAUUGCCUGGUGUGCUCCAGAAUGCAUCAACUUCUUGAAGGUUCCUUCAAAUCAGAAUCGUUUCUUUCUGAACCUCAUUUCCUAUAGUUCACCUCGAAAUCUGACGUCUGGGCCUACGGAGUGACACUUUGGGAGAUGUUCACCUACGGGCAGAUGCCGUGGCAAGGCAGGAGUGGCGCUCAGAUUCUGGAGGCUGUUGAUCGAAGAAGAGAGCUUCUGGAGAGACCCUCCGCGUGUCCCGAAGACAUCUACGAACUGAUGAAGGAGACCUGGACUCAUGCUCCAGAAAGACGUCCAACCUUUGCGGAGAUCGUGGAGAAGUUCCCUGAGAGGUCUUUUUUUCUUGAACUUCCAGAGAAAUCCUUGAGUUUCAGGCGGGUCCAAACCGUCAGAGCCAUUUCCGAUUGCUUCGACAACGCUGCCGACCACUUGAACUUCAAAAAGGAUGAUCUGAUCGUUGUUAUCGAUCGAUUGUAAGUCUAAGAUCUUCUUUUUCAUGGGAAGAACACGAAAUACAAUUAAAAUCCGAGUCCCUCUAGUGGCCACUCUAAUUCAUGUCCCACGUUGCUUUUUUAUGGCUAUCUCCCAGUUUCCACACGAAUUUUCUGAAAAAUGUUGGGAUCGUUGAAAUAAAUAAAAAAAUUGAAACGGGUUUUUUGCAGGGGAAGUUUUAGAGAUUUUUAGAUUUCCUUUUCUGAAAAUCAUCUUCCACUUUUAUGCGAUUUUCAGUCCGGCUGAAUAUCCGGAUGGUUAUUACUGGUUUGGCUCUCUCAGAAAUGGCAAAUUGGGACUCUUCAGGCCAUCGGACACUGUCGCCCAUCUUGGUUGGUUUUUUUUCAAGAAAACAAUCCUUCAGCAGCAAGAAAUAAGUAAAUCUCAAGGAAAGCUUAAUAAUUUCAAGGUUCCGAAGCUCCAGCAAAUAAUGGUACGACGUUGAACAGCGACAUGAGCUUCUCCGAGAAGAAGAAGGACAGUGAGAAGAAGAACCAGAAGAAGGACAAGGAGAACGAACGAGAACGGAGGAAAGCCUUGAUCAGUGAGCCGGUCGGAGAAGUCCGACACACGUGUCACGUCGGUAUUGAUGGGACCGCCUUCGGACUUCUUCAGGUGCAUCUGAAAAACUUAUUUUCGAACUAUUUGGCUCUGCUCUCAGUUUUUAUUGAAAUCGUGAAUUCUAGUCGUAUCUGUUUGGAAUGCAAUUUUGAGCAAAAAGAAUCAGUUCAGAUCGAAAAAAGACGCAAAAGUGGAGCACAAAUGAACCUUUUUCAAGCCUUUAAAAUUAUUUUUGGUUACCUUGGAUUUACCGAUUGAAAAAGUAAAGCCUUCGAUGGAGCUCAAUUUCCGAUUGAGAAAAGAAAUAAAAUAGUUUUAAGAAAAAAAAAAGUUUUUUCAUACUUCCCCUGCUUUGAAUUUUUGCCCUUGACGCGUUCUGAAAUCAGCCUGGCCAAACUUCUUUGUUCAAACUGCUUUUCCAGCUCGACAAGAAGGACUUGACCCCGUCGGCAGUGUCCCCAUCUGCGUCUCAUACUCCUCGUCAAAUGUCCUCUCAACCUUCUCCAGCUCCUUCCCAUGUAACUCACCAUGAGUCAUUCUCCUUGAAACUGCUCUUUCAGGCCUCUUCCUCCUCCUCGGUCCAAUUCCGCGACGUCCCUUCCAGAAAGGCGAUAGUCAAAGAGACAAUGUCCCUCCGAGACACGUCCUCUUUGAGUAAGGUGAAUGAUAUUCCUAUCAUUGGGGCCAUUAUUACCUUCCUUUAUUUAGUUUCUACAUUGAUUUUUACAUCUUCUAUUCAAAUUAUUUAUGUUCUUUCAAGUAAAACGCCUUUUUUUUCGAAGAUUUUUCAACACCCCAUGGUUAAAUUGCUCUUCGAGCUUUUCCUUUUUUUUUUUGCUUCCAAUUAAAAAAGGUACUUAGGACGCCUUGAACCUCCGCGAGGCUGUAUCGCCACCGCAAUAUCGCGCGCCAUCACAACCGCCGACGUCUUCAACGUUACUCCACGCGACGAGCUCCCUCCGCUCCAAUCACAAUUUCCCGCUCAUUGAUGAUGUUUGGAGCUUUUUUGAAGCCCUUUGAAAUGGUUUUUUUUGAAGAUUUGUGAGCAGUUCGCUUCGUUGGAACGGGACAGAUCUCGAGGGACAAUAACUCCCAGCGCGCCUCCGCUUACUGUAGGUUUUCAGUAAAAAAAAAAGGUCUUUAAGCCCACUUAAAGAUGGCAAAAAUUUGAAUCUUUUCAAAUUCAUUGAAGCUGAGUGUACCUAUGGAUAAUUUUAAAAUAAUCUUUAUUUUUGAAAAAAAAAAAUUGACAACGAAAAAAAAGCGAAGACAGCUCAAGACUGCUCUGUGAGAGUCUUGCUGAAAGAUCCAAAGUUUAUCAGAGUUUUUCAAGGCUUCGGCAGCGAAUUCCCUGAAAACGAACCUCCAAGGGCUAUCAAUUGCUCUGAACAAGCAAGACGACGCCGAGGAAGAACGAUGGCUGGCGACGGCGUCGACGAUGUCUUCGAGGACCUCGACGCAUUCGCCGUCCUUCAAUGGAGGCGUCAGAAGGGAGCCUGUGCCGCCGCCACGAGGACCUGUAGCUGCUGUUUAUGCUCGGGGGUUGGCGUUUCUUUGAUUUAUUAGAAGAGAGCUUUUUCAAAUGGGCUGAUUCCGACAAAAAAGUUUAAGAAGGUUUUCUAAUUUUUUUCUUGUCUUGCUUGCAGAAGGCUGGGGUUGGAUCCAGCUCACAUAAGAUCGCAUGUGUUAUUAGUACACGUCAAAUCGCAUUUUUCUGAGGAGUACGGUUUCAAAAACCUACUGGUCAUUUUUUCAGACUUCUAUAAAUCGUCGAAGAACUGAAAAAAAACACGUUUUUUCCGCUUUUUCCCCGCUUUUAACUCUUAGUGGAGAGCUUUCCUUUUCUCGAUGUACUGGGCUCUUCAGUUUGACACGUUCUUUACUGAACUGAAAUUUUAAAUCCAAUCUUCUGACUCUAUAUAGAUCUCUUAGGAUUUUAAAAAAGUUUAGCACACUUUAUCGUGAUUUUUUAUUUCUUAACAUUGUAUCUCCUUUGAAAGGCGAUUUUCUCUUUCUGGAUAACGGACUCUGAUAAGUUCAGUCUAUACUCAGUAAAAAAAGCCAAAAGAACCCAAAAGCUGAAAAAGUUUUCUGAUUUAUCAUGUUUCUCAUCCUAUUCAGGAAGGACAUUCCUACGACUGCCCAUGCAAGCGAAGACAAAGAAGACGCGAACCUUCGGGAGGAGAUCCAGAGACUCGACCGAGACAUCACAAACUUUUCUCUGAGUACCCUCGGCGACUUUUCUGACACUCGUCCCUUGAUGGACUCCUUCAAUAGACGUGACGCGGAUUUAGAAGCUAAAAGGUCUUUUUUCCUCCUAUUUUCAAAGUAAUAUUUAUUCGAAUUCAGCGCUCGUAGCCAACCAGAACCGAAGGUACGAUUCAUGACGGAUCAAGAAUUGAAAAAGAUGGAAGACAAACGGCUGAAGGAGCACAGGAAAGCGGAAGAAGCCCUUAAGUUAGAAAGACGUCGUGAAACCAACGAGCGGGAGGUUCUCGACAAUGGAGUCGAUGAGGAUUCGACCUCUUUGAGGUCUGAUUUUACGGAGUUACUCAACCUAACCCAUUUUUCCAUAACAGACUGAUUCUCACUUUAAAUCAAAAAAAAAAACCACAUUUAAAAAUUUUCAAUUCACAUUGUUUCAUAGGUUCAACGUCAGUAAGAACCGAAAUUCGGGAUUCUUUGAGUUUUGACUAGAAUUUGAAAUGACUAUAAAUAACUUUUCAGAAUUAGACUCAUCAAAGCGGUGAAUAAGUACUGAAAAGUUGAGAUAUCAAAAAAAAAAAGUUCCACGUACACUGAUUCGAAGAAAUAUCUACCUUCAAUGUAGAACCCUAUGGAAAUUUUACAAUUGGCUUGGCAAAAUAAGGCUGCAACCGACCCAAGAUGGCUUUCGCGCUAGAGCAUGAGAAAGCAUUAGAGCAACUUGAUAAGGUCCAAGUAGAAUGGAAUCCAAAUCUUUCCCACGACGCCUUAAGUUGGGUUUUGAAUACCACGGUUUUAGAUAGCGCUUUUAAAAAUUUAGAUUGUUAAAUGUCUUUAUAGCUUGAUACUUGAGCAAAAGAUGGUUUCUCUGGAAAGAAGUUUUUGAAAAGGCAAUACUUUAGCGCUGGUCUGUUGGCACGACGGUCUCAGACUUCGACCGACGGACCCGAUGGAUGGUCUCCCGAGGCUCAAGAAGCCUACAAACUGCUCGUCGAGUGCGGCACCAGCCUGAAGCACACUGCGACGCCUUCUCCGCCCCUUCCGUCGAGUUCUUCGUCCCGAUUCAAUACUCUCGAGAAGGUCCGUGGUGGUUAACAGCCUAGGUGCCACAAAAAAGACGAUUUUUUUUUAUUUAAAACACUUGAAAGCGAGACUUAAGAUGUAUUUCCUUCUUUUUAGAAAUUUUCGUUGUGUUUUCGUCAUUCUUCUUGAAAUACUGAAAUACUUAUUUUUUUAAUUUUUUUAGUGGAAACUAAAAAAAUGAUCGAAUUCUUGCUAAGAAUGCAUCCUGGCAAACCGAAAAUCAGGCUGAGAUUGUUUCAUUCCAUUUUUGUUCAGAAGCGAAUUUCUGGCGUUGAUCAACGGGCGAGCGUUUCUCCAGCUCCUCCGCCUCGACCAGUCACCCCUCCCCACGUGGCAGAAAGGGAGAGAAGUCAAAUCCGCGUGCUGGAAACAUCUGAGAAGAAGGAAGACGGCAUGGAAGAGAACGUCGAGAGUUAUACUCCUCAGAAACGCGUCCACAUCAUCGAGACGAAGCUCAUCGACGGACCUGCUAGGGGAAUGUCGCCGCCGCAGGUUUGAAGUUUUUCUACUUGGUUUUCUUGCUUUUUUCUUGAUGAGCUGCAUGAAAAAAGUUUGAAAAAAAUUUAUUGAUGCAAGUUUUUCAAUUCUUUAACUGUUAGGUCUUUUUCUCAAAAAAAUCCAUUAAUUUAUCAACUUCUGGUUGCCCAGGGUCCUUGUCCCGCGUUCACCACUCCUAUGGCACCCCCGAGGAAUAGUUUCGAAGCGAAGCCUCCGCCGGGAAGACCUCCAAAAACGCGACAGUUCCCGAUUGUCAUCGACGAGAGGAACUUAGCCUACGACAAUCUCAACGGUUUCGGAGCUGGCGCGAAAAAAAUCUGCCACCGCCUGUACCUCCGAAACCGAAAGUCAGGUGAGAGAAGCAAGACAGAAAAAAAUAAUAAUAGUUAGAGAAAAAAAUGGAGGAGUUAUAUAUUUCUAUGACUGUGGUUUUUAAGGUGAGCAUUGAUUUGUGAAGAGGCAAUCAAAGAGGCUUCUGAUGAUAAGACUUGAAUUUUUUUAAUGUUGAUCAAAAAAAUUCGUUGACGGAAUUCCAGCUUAAAAAUCAAAAAAUGAAAGAAUUCAAAGAAAAAUUUAAUUGAAGGCAAAAAGUGGAUAAGUUUAGACUUGGAAAAAUUUUUGCAUAGAAGUUUAAUUUAUCAGAUUGGGCAUUGUUCAUUAUUAUUUCAGUUUUGCCGAAGUUCCCAUUUCACCUCCAGAAGAAACAUCCAACGGAAGCUUCCCCAUUGCUCGGAGCAGCCUUUUUAAAAACCGGUGAAAGAAGAAAUCAUCAAGUUUUAAUUCAAUUAAAAAUUUUUCUUUCAUAUAAAUUAACUCUACUCCUUAUUUUUCGAAUAACUUGAAAGUUUAUUCCAUUAAUCUCUACUAACGUCAUUAUCAGUCAUUUUUUGAAUUGGUGCUAAAAGUUCCUAUUUUUCCUUGCCAUCGAAAUUUCUUUAUUUUCAAUUUCCGUUAUUUAUUUCCUGUUUCAGUUGUAAUUUUCUUGCCCAGGGAUCGUUUUCAACGCCAUUCGUUCUUGUCAAAUUUUUAUCAUCUGUUGUUGUUGGGGUCUGACUUUUUUUCACCCGGUAUGAAAUGCUCAUAUUGCUUUCAUUUCAUGUAUUAUGGUAUAUUAUAUUUCGCUCAACAAUCAAAGUUCUGUGUAUCAAGUGCCUGUUCAUUCUUUACAUUUGUCAUACAUUUUUUGGUUUCUUUCUCUGUGCGAAUACGCAUCAAAAAUUAAAAAUGCAAUUUGGAAGUUUCGCAGAGAUGUACUUUGAAGUGCAAUGAUUUUAAUUCCCUAAACUUUUUUUAACAAGUUGUGAAGCUUUCAAUUGAGUUUUCAUAAUAUUCUCUAGCAGAAUUUGUAAAAUUAUAUUCCUCAUGGGGUCAAAAAUUUAAAGCAAAACGAUAAAUUUAUUAAAGAUGAGUAAAACUCCACAUAACACCCUAAACGACUUGUUGAAAGUUUUCAUAAACCCAAAAAAUGUAAAAAAAUAUUUAUCAUUCAACUAAAACAAAGCAAAAACUGAAACGAAAAAACGUUGAUUGGCCUUUUCGACACCUCAAUAAAUAUAAUAAAAAUAGAAGGAUCAAAUGGGAGAUAAAAAAAGGUAAAAAAAGCCACAUCCUCUCAAAUUUCGAAAUAAUCAGUUUUGGAAUUUUUUUGACAUAACCUUGAAAUUUUUUUCAAAAAUUUUUUUAGUUGUGGGACUAAAUUUAAUAAUAGCAAGAUUUAGGGAAGUACGAAAUCGAAAGUAUAUGACUAAGAAAAGAAGAAAAUCGAAAUUAAAAAUUAAAAAUUUUAUAAACUGAUGGAAAUUGAUGAAGAAUAAUAUAGUUUUUAAAAAUGUUUAUAUUUUACAAAUUAACAAACCAAUAAGAAAAAAGAAGAAGAGAACGUGUGAAAAUGUUUCUCUAAACAAAGGAGGAAAGGCCACGCCACGCAGCCGUCUGCUCGUCUCAACCUCAUCCCAAAAUCGGCGUCUCUCCCGGAUUCGCGCUAGUCGGUUGGCGUCGGGACACACAGCAACGUAACUAGGACUCCUUUCCAUCGUUCAGUAUCGCUUCUCGGCCUAUUGGCUAAGAUCAAAGUGUAGUAUCUGUUCUUAUCGUAUUAACCUACGGUAUGUGCUCGAAUGAGUACAAUAUAGGUUAACUUAUUUUUGCAACCGAGAGUGGAUCCGGAGCUUGCUCCGACCGCUCAAGGGUCGUCCCAGCGUUGCACUGCUGCAGGGCACGGCCCAGACCUCCCAGGGGGUCAAAAAGAAAUGAUCCAAAAAAAAGGUACUGCUAACUUCAAAAGUACUUCAGAAUGUUGAAGUUUACAGGUUAUAUGUGAAAAGCUUCAAAGUUUUAGUAAAGCAAAAGUCGUCAUGAACAAUAGAAAAAAAUGAAUUACUGCUCGAGAUAAAAUUAUGACAUCUCAAAGAACUUCAGGUAAUCUUUGUUUUAAGGGAAUUUGAUAUAAAAAUAAAUGAAGAAAUCAUAUAUAUAUAUAUAAACGCUCAAAAAAACCAACUGAUGAAAGAAACCCAUCAACUACUUGAAAAAAAUAGAUAUUAUGAAAGUUAAUUAUGUUCAAGUAGAAAUAAAAUGCUUCAAAAAAACUAAUUUUGAACUUAUGGCCUAACAAACACCGAUAUGUUUUACAUUUAUAUAGUCAUCUUUUAAACAAAAUGUCACACGUUUGACCUGAGAAAUGAUCACAAAAAACGCUUUAAAAAUACAAAACCAUUUCCGACCAAUUUUCCCAAAUUUUCUACUCCUGAAUAGUCAUUUUUCGAACACAAAGUCGAAACUUCUUCUAAAAAAUCGCCAAAAUAAAAACCACUGUCAAAGUACUGGAAAAUUUUAAAUUAAAAUUGUUCUAAGUCUCUUGAGAGAAUAAAAUCUACUGAAUUCUUCUGACCAACUAUUUCACAGUUUUUUUCAAUGCAGCAAGCUGUUCGUGUAGCAACAAUGAGAGGAAAACGAGUUUUCAAGGGCUUUCCUUUUAAUCUCCCAAACAGCGAUUCACAAUUGAUUCACUCCAUUGUCCUUUUCUUUUUUUAACACCGUUCUAAUUUUUUCAAGGCAACUUUCAAAUUUAUGAUAUUCACGUUGAAUUAUAUUUUAUAAGCACUUAUAUCUCCGUAGAAUUUGUUUUCUUUGCAGCUGACAAAUGCCAUAACAACAAACAUGAUUACUUUGUAGUAUUUGAUCAGUUGAGUGUUUUUUUUUUUCGGCUCUUAUCAAUGUCAGUCGUUGUAAAAGCUGUUUUCCAUUUUUUUUACUUAGUCCUCAGACAAUAACACUACGUUAUUCUUUCGGGUUUUUUUCCCAAUAAAAAAAUUUUUUGAACAAUUAGAAAUUUGAUUUUCGCGCGUUUUUUUUUCCCGCAUUACGCGAAUGGUCGCUCUGUCGCACCAAUUCAAAAAUUCUCUUUUUCUUUUUUUUAUAAUAUUUUGUUUUCAAGCUUCGUUCAAAAACUUUCUGAUACUUUUUCAAGGUGAGCAGCUUGGAUUCGGCAGAAAAACUUUUUCCAUUAAAUGAUUUCAUCAGACGAUGUUUCAACAUUUUAUCUCCAGUCAUAAUUCAAUGAUAAGAAAGUCAAAGGUUCUCUUUUUAUCUAAAGCUGGCCGUUUUUUUGUAGUUAAAGAAGGAAAAAUUGUAGCUUUUUCCCGAAAUGUUCUGUUCUCACCGUUUGUCCAAUCUAGUCAAAGUUGAACAAACAGGAAGUUUUUUUUUACGUUGCGCGACAAAAAUUCAGUUCCGUUGACGAUUGUCGAAUCCGUUUUGAACGUUUUUCAGCACUUGAAUAGUGAUUUGAAUUGUUUUUGUAGCGAUUCUGUGAAUAGUGUCCUCUGGCGUAAACAUUUUUCAGUUAUGGUUUGUUAUCUAUAGAUAAUUCGCGAGAACCCGGAUGUCUCAAAGGCUGCAGUCGUACUGAGCCUUCACGCAUGCCGUUCACAGCCAGACAAAAGCUGCAGAACGUUGUCCGUUUCCAUAUGACUUCUCGCUUUACUUGGGCCCUUUUCGGUGCUGUCAUUAUUAUUUUUGGUUUGUGAAGGAAAUGAAAAUCCCACGUUGUUUGAUAAUUUCAAGUACUCGUCUCGAAAGCUUCGAAUAAGGUCAUUCCUCAACAAGAGAUUAUAAAGGCCACCACUUUGCAACAAAUGCCUGACGAGAAGAAUAGUGCGGAUAUGGAAGGCCAUGGAGAACAGCCGGCGAAUGAGAAUAAGAGGUUUUGAAUUGAAAUUUGUGGCUUAAAAAUCUUUGCUUAUCGAGAAAAGUCUCGUUUCAUCUCGCGGAACUUUCUGAAUUGCCAGGAUUUUUUUUUUUGAAGUUUUUUUGAAGUCCCAAAUAAACAUUUUGAAAAUCUCUGAAAAAAACGUUCUAGUUUUUUUGAUAAAUUAGAAUUUCAAAUUUAAAAAAAUGGCUCAUUUUAAUGGAUUCUAUUUUUUUCCUUAUAAAUAAUAAGUUCUAUUGGGCGGAAUGUUAUAACAUUUUUCUUGUACCUUAAAGAGUAAUCUGGUUUAUUUUCAUGGAAUAACCGCCAUGUGAAUUGACCUUUUGUAUUUAGUUCUGAAAGCUUCAAAAAUUCAAUUUUAAAAUGAGCUAUAAAAGAAAAUGUUCUGAAAAGAAAGUGAAAUCAAGUUUUUCCGAAUAGGAAUACUGGAGAAGAUUCGAUGAUGGCAACUUUGUUGGAACGAAUAAAACUGAUGGAAGAAGAAAUCGCGUCGCUUCGUUCUCGCGUCAGCGAUUCGGAAGAUCGCGCCGCGGUUCCGGCAAAUUUCGCCGUUCCCACGACGUUGGUUUUUUUUAUUAGUAAAAUUAUUGUCAGUUUGCCUUCGAUUAACAAUUGAAACACCUAAAUAAAAUCCUGAAAAAGAUACUUUUAGGUUUUUUUUUUUGAAGCUUUUUUAGCGUUGAUUCUUUACUCAGGCUCAGUUUUAAAGUUUUAUGAUAAUUUUUUGAUUGGGUUUCAUGUAAAAUUCUUGAGAAUUCCUUUUUUGAGUUCUUUUUCUGAAAAUGUUCCCGGAGACCGUAUGCAAUAAAGCGGAAAACGAUUUUCCGUCAUUUUCCUCAAAGAAAAGGCCUGAACUUGCUAGGAUAUCAUUGAUUUUGAAUUUAUCUGUUGUGAUAAGGUUUUAUAAAAAGAUUCGGAUACACACGAAACAAUUUCAAUGUGAAAGAGACCAAUUGUAGUCAUUUUCGAGUCUGAUAAAAAUGGCGGAAAAUAAUUUUCCACUUUAUUGCCUAGGGCUUCAGCAAAAAGCUAUCCAAACUUUGGCCAAAAUUGGAGAGAAUUCAUAUUUUUUUUAACUUCGUAAUUCAAUUUUUUCAGUAAGACGUAUCCAUCUGUAAAGUAUCGAAACGAAGAAACUCGUAAGAGAAUUCUGGUGACCGGUGGCGCCGGUUUUGUCGGUUCUCACCUCGUCGACAAGCUCAUGAGCGACGGACACGAAGUUAUUUUUCCAUUUGUUUAUUCACGAAACGUUCUUUUUAGCUUUUUGAACGUUAGUUUUUUUCGAAAAAAAUUCCAGUUUUAUUGAGAAUUUUCAACAUUUUGCUCCAAUUUUAUCCACUGAAUUUAGUCUGUGAAAAUUAUUUAAUUUUUUUCAAACUUCGAAUUCUACUAAACUGAAUUAUUAUAAAGAUUUGGAGGUUUACAGAAAUUCAUUUGAAUUUAUAAAUUUUCAAUUUUUUUUAUUCGAAUUUUUUUAUAUUUCUACGAACCUUCUCUCGGUUUUUAAGACAAAAGCUUGUAGAAAACUUCAAAAACGUUUAAUUUCCAGGUGAUUGCCUUGGACAAUUACUUCACCGGACGGAAAAGAAAUAUCGAUCAUUGGAUAGGUCAUCCGAACUUCGAAAUGGUCCAUCAUGACGUCGUGAAUCCAUAUUUUGUCGAAGGCUGGUUUUUCCUCAUUUCUAUUCUUGAUUUUACCUUAUCAUUUUAAAUAUAUUAGAUCUCAUAUGAAAACAUUUUUUUCAGAUGACCAGCUUAAUUUUUAAUUUUUUUAAAGAUGGAAACUAAUUAUUUGUAAUUUUUUUGCCACUUGAUAGAGUGAAUAGGAUACUUUCAGAUAGGUAUAAAAGCAUGAUUUCGAUUUUUUUUUCUUCGAAAAAAAUAUUUAAAAUUUUUGUGCCGUCGUUGUCUCUCUAACUCUUGAAAAAUUGAAGAUCUUGAUAGUUUUUACGAAGAAAAAAAUCUCAUUUAUACUACUUCACUGUUUCGAAGAUUUUUAAUAAGUUAGGAGUUUUUUGCUGAAGCGUUUCUUGCUUUUCACAGUGUCGCAAAGCAUUUUUUUCAGUAAAGAAAUUUUCAACUAAAACACUUGAAUUUAAUUUUGAGUCUAUUUUGGAUCUAAUUUAACCUAAAUAUUUGAUUUCGAGACCCUUUGAGUUUGAAAGGCCCAUAAAAAGUAUGUAUAAAAAAGUAAGUAUGUAAAAUGAAACUAUUCUUAUCACUUUUCUGUCAAGUUUUGUUCAGUGAGAAAGAAAUAAUUUAGCCUGGAAAAUUUUAAAAUUUUUCCAGUUGACCAAAUCUAUCACUUGGCGUCGCCCGCAUCCCCACCGCAUUACAUGUACAACCCCGUGAAAACCAUCAAAACCAAUACUCUUGGCACGAUCAACAUGCUCGGUUUAGCCAAGUUAGUUGGAAUUUUUGCAUUUUUUAUUAAAACUAAAUAAUUUAAGAAGAGUCAAAGCGACUGUCCUGCUGGCCUCGACUUCGGAGGUUUAUGGGGAUCCUGAGGUUUUUUUUAAUUUUUUUUUUUCUGCUCGUUUAUAAUUUUUUUUUAAACUUCACUGCUGUGUUAAAGUUAACUUGAGCGAUUUUAAAAAUUCACGUUUUUUUCUUUCUUUCAAGUCGUAAAGUUCAUAGGAAGCCUCCGAAAAAAAUUGGGCUUUACACCGCAAAAAACGGUACAAAAAUUAUAACUUUAGUGAUACUCUUUGUCAAUCCGAAAAAGAGAUUUAUUUGAGGAACACCCGCAACCGGAAACUUAUUGGGGCCAUGUUAACACGAUCGGUCCUCGCAGUUGCUAUGAUGAAGGAAAACGUGUGGCCGAGUCUUUGAUGGUUUCCUACAACAAACAGGUUGAUUUUAAACAGAAUAAAAAGUUUCAGGGUUAGAAAAAUGAAUUUUUUUCAAAUUUUGUGGCCUUCAUGAAAAUUCCGAAAAAAACUUUGGAAUCGAAAAAUUUACUUUUUAGAUUCUUCCAGUUUAUCAUCAUCAUUGGCUAGCUCAUUUUGGUAUAAAUAGAAUCUUUUUAGGGCCAUAAGACCUCUCAUAAAAAAAGUCAAAAAUGAAAAUAAAGUCAGUUUUUCGUUCUUCUAUAGUAGGAUAAUUUUUCAAAGACUCAGGUUUCUCGGAGAGAUAGAGAACAAGGUAACAAAAAGAAAAAAAAUUACGUUUUUAUAGGCAAAUUUUCCUCAUUGAUUUUCAAAGUUUUUCAAUUUUAUGGUUGUUCUGAAAUGGCUUUCGCUUUGGGUGUUAUAGCGUAAGCUUUGCGAAAAGUUUGAAGUUUCAUUUUUAUCCUUUUUUGGGAGGUUUAGUGCCUAUUUUGUUCCUAUCGAAGUUUGACUAAGACCUGAGAACAUAUAUUUUAGAGAUCUUCUUGUUCUGGUUGAAAGUUUGUUCAACUUUUAUUCAUUUUACAAUGUUUUUAAUCACUUUUUGAUAUUUUAUCGAAGAGAAAAGUCAGAGUUAAUGAGUGAAAUUCAUAAUUGAGAAGUUCGAUGUUUGGAAGUAAACGGAAUAAAGAAAGUUCUUCAGGAAAAGGUUCCGAUCCGUAUCGCGCGAAUCUUCAACACGUUCGGCCCUCGGAUGCACAUGAACGACGGAAGAGUCGUCUCGAACUUCAUCAUCCAGGCCUUGCAGGACAAGCCGAUGACGGUUUGUUUCAUGCUAUAGAAGAGCCCAAAUUCAAUCAAAUAUUUAAAAAAACUAGAAUACCAUAGUGAUGUUGUAAUGGAGAGAAAAGAUUGUCUUUUUUGAAUUAUUCCUAUUUUCCCAUAAAAUUUCGGGUUUUUUUCAGAUUUAUGGCGAUGGAAAGCAGACGCGGUCCUUCCAAUACGUUUCGGAUUUGGUGGACGGCUUGGUGGCCUUGAUGAACAGCAACUAUUCCCUGCCGGUCAACAUCGGAAACCCCGAAGAACACACGAUCGCCGAGUUUGCUACCAUCAUUCGGGACCUUGUUUCUGGUUUGUGUAUGUAGAGUUUUUAUCAGACUGCAUGGUGCAAUCUUCUCCCCCAUAAUUUUUAAUUUUCCGUUCAAAAUAACCCCGAUGAAACGGAUAAGAUCCUCACUAGUCAGAGAAAGAAUUUGAAAAAAAAGAGAGGUGUAGAUCAUUUCAAAAUGGAAUAAAAUGAUCAUUUUGAACAACUAGCUUCUCUUCAUUUUGGGUAGAUAAUUGACAAGGAAGCGUAAAAUUCCAACCGUGCUUUUCUCGAUCUCUCAAAGUUUAUUAUUCAUUUUCAGGAAGCAAGAGUGAAAUACUCAACAUGGCGUCUCAAGAAGAUGAUCCGAAACAACGGCGACCGGAUAUCACAAGAGCGGCCAAGGAGAUUUCCUGGCAUCCUAAGGUAAUAUCUCGAAAUAUUUUUGAUUUUUGAACUGUUCUCACGUGAAAUUGGAGUCAUGGUUCUCUCGUUCAACAAUUUCAGCUCUUGGAAAAUUUUAUUCGAACUCGAAAAAUUUUCAUCUAUUCAUUUUUUACCUUGGUUUUGUUAUUUAUCAUUUUUGGUCCUUUUAAAAGUUGUAUUCUAGUCAAAAAAAAAGGUUAACCUAUUUUUUUGCUUUCGUUUUCAUAUUCAUCCAUUUUCUUGGAAAGCUUUAUUACAGUCAAAAAAUAAGGUUCCUCAAUUUAUUUCCCGCCUUGGGUUCUAUUAUUUAUCAAUUUUGCUCGUCGGGAAAUUUUCAUUCUAGUCAAAAAUAGGUAUAUUGAUCUUUUCUUAUCAUAUUUCUGCUAAAAAAAAAAUCGAGGGUAGAUUAAAAUUUUAAUAUUUCACGUGCAGCAGUGAUUAUAAUCGAUUGUAGGAGGAAUCCGGAUUAGGUUUUUUUUUUCUCAAAAUUUAUAAUUUUCCCAUCUUAUUUGAAGUAUCUUAUACAGUGCUUUCUCAAAAAAAGAACCUUCUUGAUGAAAAGUUUUUUUUGACAGACAGGCAAAAUAAUUCGAUUUUAACGUUUUAGUAUUCCCUUUUUUUUUGCUUUGUUACGCUCUAAUUUUCAGGUCACAAUGAAAAAUGGCCUCUUGAGAACCAUCGAGUAUUUCCGCGACGAGUUGGAAACGAAUAAACGAGGCGGAAAACCACUGCCCCAGGCCGUCUUCCAGACCGGAUUCGAAAGCCGCUGA